AUGCCUGUCCACCCAUCUGAAGAAGAAGCGCCUUCGGGCAUAUUCGAGAAAAUCGCGAAGGAUCCGUCCUCGGCAUCGGAGUCAACAGCCAGCGAUCACGAGCAUCAUGAGAACGAGCACACUCCAGGCAAAGCGUCCGCUGAAGAUCAUCAAUCCAAAGGUCCUGCGAUCCCCAUGAACAUGAGCGGUAUGUCGCCAACCCGGCAUUGCGAGCGAAUACGGUGGCUAAUUGCUCAUGACAUUCCAGACAUGCCACCAAAGGCUAGCAAGGAGGAGUUGAAGGCUCGUUCCGAGGAGCUCAACCCGUAA